AAAAUCCAUUCUCUCUCUGUCACUCUCUCACACACACACACAGACUGGCAAGAGAGUUUCUGCAACUCUCCGUUCGUCGGCGAAAUUCGUCUGCAAAGUCUCACCCCAUCUUUCCCCCUAUUUAGAUCAAAUCUGUUAGGGCAGUUACAAAAACAAAGCCAUAGAUGAGGAUUAGGAAGCGAUCUCCACCAGUUUUUCAACAUCACAAGGUGCCCUCGCCGGAGGAACGACUGGAACAAGACAGAAAAGCCGGCCAAGAAGAGGCCGAGGAAGGAAAACAGAAAGAAGCAAAAGCAAAAGGAUCGUCAAAACCUCAACAACCCAACGGACGAGAUCCAUCCUCUGUAGCGGUAGAAGAAAGUACCCAUCUUCAUCAUCAGCCUCAAACACAACCUUCUUCAAAUCUAUUUCAUCCACUUCCGCUCAACCUCGAAGUGAAUCGACAUCGACCCUCUUCGGAUCUGCAGCUGACGAUUAUGAGGGUGAAGGACGGCUGGAUUUGCUCCGACGGAGGAGGCGGAGGAGGAGGAGGAGAGGAACCGAAGACCACUAAGUACGGGAGCUUCUGCAUGUACCCCAACACUCCAUCUCAGGCCAACGAGGGUUUGCAAGGAGUAGAAGAAACAAAAGGGAAGAGAUGGCGCGUGCUCUUUAACAAUUCCAGGAAUGCAAGUAUUAUGGAUGCUAAGGCUAAUGAUGAGAUUGGAACCAAUGGGUUGUUAUCAUCUUCUUCUAAUCAAGUAGUUGGAAGGUGGUGUGAAGGGGAGAAAGCGUUUCCAUUGAAGAAAAGAAGAGGAAGCUUCAACCUUAAAGCAAUCGAAGAGACUACAAUGGGGGACAAGGAGAAGAAGAUGAGAACCAUUCUGAAAACUAAAACCAACAAGAGAUUCUUUCACCCAGAAGAUAAUCACAAAGACGACGAUGAGGAAGACGAAGAGGAAGAAGAAAGGAAGGAGGAGGGAUUAACAACAAAGAGUAGUGGUGGAAGAAGUAAUAAUAGUAGUAUGAAGAAGAGAGUGAGUCGUGGAGUGGUGAUGGAGGGGUCUAGAUGCAGUCGUAUGAAUGGUAGAGGAUGGAGAUGCUGCCAACCAACUCUUGUGGGUUACUCUCUAUGUGAGCAUCACUUGGGCAAAGGGAGAGUUAUGAGCAUGAACACUGUUCGCACUCACACUCGUGCUUCCUCCAUUAUUCCUGCCCUUGAUAAGCCCAUGCGAUCACUAUCAUCAUCUUCGUCGUCGUCCAUAAGCAAAUAUGAAGAGGAGGAUUUGUUAGAUGAGGAUGAAGAGGAGGAGGAGGAGGAGGAGGAGGAGGAGGAGAAGCCAUUGAUGAGCAAAAUGAAAAGAAAGAAGCAGAUUGGUAUGGUGAAAGCUCGUUCCAUUAGCAGUUUGCUGGGGACAUCAUCUGUGGUUAAUGGUAACAAUUGCGGUAUUGUAUGAACCAUCUGGUUAGAUACCCAAUUGGUUUUUCAAGUUUCAUAGAGAAAUGAGAACAGUGAGAACCUGGAUUCUAUGUUACAUUUUGCUUUUAUGAAUGAAGAAUGCAUACUUCAUGUUU